CUGAUGCAUGCUAGACGCUAGUGUUAGCAACAUGUUGGAAAGCCAUGGGGCAGUACAGCUGAGCUGAAGUGAAAAUGGAGUGAUUUUACAUGAUUUUAAGGGAUUAUUGUGUGUGCACUAUUUAAAUUACCAACAUAUCUUAAUUUAUACGUAUUUACAAAAGUAAUGGAAGAAGCCGAAACAGCCGAGGAGACCCUUGCAAAACAGCAUCGCAAGGAAAAGAAAGACUUACAAGCCAAAAUCCAGAGCAUGAAAAAUGCUGUUCCUAAGAAUGACAAGAAACGGAGGAAACAGUUGACAGACGACAUCGCCAGGCUAGAAGCAGAGCUCAAUCAAAAACACGAGGAAGAACUCAGACAGCUCACCAACUCAGCUGUCACAGCCAAGGUUGAAGAAGUUGUAAAUGGAAUUGAAACUAUUGCUUUGGAAGAGCAAAAUUUGGAAGAGCAAAAUGAUGGCAAACAGAGUCGCACCUCUAAAGCACAGAAAAGACGGGAGAAGAAGGCAGCCAUGGAGAAGGAGCGAGAGGCCCGCAUAGCGGAGGCCGCCGUGGAGAAUCUCCAGGGCUCUCGGCACCAGGAGGGCCUGAAGCUCCAGCAGAAGCUGGCGGAGCGGCAGCUCCAGAUCCGGGAGAUCCAGUCGGACGGCCACUGCAUGUAUCGCGCCAUCGACGACCAGCUGGCUGGCAGAGGGCAGGGUACGGGUCUGAAAGAGCUGCGUGCACAGACUGCCAAUUACAUGAGGUGCCACGCUGACGACUUCCUGCCCUUCCUUAAUAACCCCAACACUGGAGAGAUGUUCUCAGCCGAUGAGUUUGAGAAGUACUGCAGUGAUGUGGAAAGUACUGCUGCCUGGGGAGGACAGCUAGAGCUGCGUGCUCUUACAGAGGCCCUAAAAUUGCCCAUACAGAUCUUCCAAGCGGAUGCUCCUUUGAUAAAGAUCGGGGAAGAAUAUGACAAGCUACCAGUUGUCCUUGUAUACAUGAGACAUGCGUAUGGUCUUGGGGAACACUACAACUCUGUGGAGCCUUUGAAAGAAUUGUCUAAUGAGGAGGAGGGCUGAGGGGCCCCUAUGCCUGAAUCUCCAGUGAUUUUUGACCCAACGCCGAAGGGUUUCUUAUUGCCUGACCUACUUUUCCAUUGAGGAAAUCAGUUUCAAGGUGUUAAGAAGUUCUGCCAAGAAAAAAGACCUCUUGUCCAAAACAGCAGUGGAUAAGAUAAAGAAGUGCUUCAUAUCUCCGAAUGCUCUUGGGUCCUACUCUCAGCAGUGUAGAUGUGUGUUGGCUUGAUGUUCAUAAUAGACUUGGUCCUUUGUGUUGGAGCAUAUCAAAACCGUGUUUUCAUUGAAGACGGCACAAAUUGAGGAUGAGACUGAAGUGAGCUGAUUUUUACUGUAAAUUAUGCCUGUAGGUUUUUACGUAACCAUUUUGUUUGGUCUUAAGUAACCAGCCAUUAUGGGGAAUGGAUUUAUGUGAUGUAAAUUCACUAACAGUUUGUGGGCCCAAUGGUAUGCUUUACUUAUUUCAUGCAUCAGAAGACUUCUCAAUCACACAGGGGAACCACAGUGUUUGUUUCGCUUAAAAUAAAAAGUGCAUUCAGCAAACUAUCAAA